GCGCGCAUGUGCGGUGGAGAGGGUGUGGGUCCAGCUGACUCGCUCCACAGCAACAAUAAUUUUGGAGAGCCAGUCCUCUGUCGCGCACGUGGGCGUCCGUGUUCGUGCGUGGCUUUAAAGCGUUGAAGCUCGCGGAAGUGGCUCCUAGAGUGGAGAUGGCGCGAGACCUGGAGGGGAGCGCGUGUGCGCAUCUGCCUUAAGCUGAGCGCCUCUGCGCGCAGAGGCGCAGACGCGGCGCAGCGCAGCCCCAGAGGCAGAGAUGGCCGCGCACUUUCGCCUUUUGCUAAUUUUGGUGCACUUCUUUCUGAACUGGACAGCCUCGGACUGCACGGAGGUGGACGUGUGCGUGCCUGUGCGCGUGGCUCAUCCGCAAGGGCGCAUGGAACGCACGCCUGGCGCACCGGUUGCGUUCAAGCUGACCGCGUUUAAGCGAGACUUUUUCCUCCACCUGGCUCCGGACUCCAGCUUCCACGCGCUGGAAAGUCCGCCACCCACGCGCACGCGGCUGUGCUUUUACGCGGGCCACGUGAACGCAGACCCGGACUCUGUCGCUGCGUUGAGCAUAUGCGGGGGUCUGAGGGGGGCAUUCUCCUUUGACGGUAUGGAUUAUUUCAUCGCCCCGCAGAGCGGGGACCAGCAGGAAAUAAAGCACACCAUCAGCCGCCGCAGGAGCGGCGCGCACGAGCGCAGCAGGUGCGGAGUUUCACCUGACUCCAACCUAACCCUCUCCCUGCAGAAGUACAGCCACAUGAAGGAGAUGUACUCCAACAGCCUCACCCAGGGCUUCUGGGGGUCCCUGGGGAGAUCCAAGAGGUUCGCCUCCACCCCCAGGUUCGUGGAGGUUCUGGUGGUGGCGGAUGAAUCCAUGGUCAAGUUCCACGGGGACGACCUGAAGCAUUACCUGCUGACCCUCAUGUCCGUGGCCGCCAGGCUCUACAAGCACCCCAGCAUCCUGAACCCCAUCAACAUCGUGGUGGUGGGCUUCAUGGUGAUCCACGAGGCCAACAAGGGUCCCAAGGUCUCCAGCAACGCCGCCCUGACUCUGCGCAACUUCUGCUCCUGGCAGAAAAAGCUCAACAAACACAACGACCAGCACCCGGAGUACUGGGACAGAUCUUUGCGGAGCUUCAACCUGCGACACCCUGGGGAUGGCUGAUGUUGGAACCAUGUGUGACCCCAAGAGGAGCUGCUCGGUCAUCGAAGAUGAUGGUCUACCGUCUGCUUUUACCACAGCCCAUGAGCUGGGUCACAUCUUCAACAUGCCCCACGACAACGUGAAGGCGUGUGAGGAGGUCUUUGGGAAACUGAAAGAUGACCACAUGAUGUCCCCCACUCUGAUCCAGAUCAACAGGAGCCGGCCCUGGUCUGUGUGCAGUGCUGCCAUCAUCACAGAGUUUCUGGACAGAGGUCACGGAGACUGUCUGUUGGACCAGCCUCAGAAGCAGAUGGCUCUCCACGAAAGCCUCCCUGGCUCCUCCUACAGCCUGCACCGCCAGUGCGAGCUUGCCUUCGGCCCGGGCUCCAAGCCCUGCCCCUACAUGCAGUCCUGCUCCAAGCUGUGGUGCACCGGGAAGGCCCGCGGGCAGCUUGUGUGUCAGACCCGCCACUUCCCCUGGGCAGACGGCACCAGCUGUGGCCCUGAAAAGGUUUGCUACCGGAGCAGCUGCGUCGACAAGAACACCACCGUGCACGUCAAGGUGGACGGCCGCUGGGGGAAGUGGGGUGCGUUCGGUGACUGCUCCAGAAGCUGUGGGGGCGGGGUGCAGCUGGCCAAGAGAGAAUGCAACAACCCAGCCCCAGAGCAUGGUGGGAAAUACUGCUAUGGUCUACGCCUCAAGUACCGCUCCUGCAACCUCAGUCCUUGUCCCAAAACAGGUAAGAGCUUCCGUGAGGAGCAGUGCGAGGCCUACAACGGCUUCAACCUGAACACCAGUCGACUGGGCUCCACCGUGGUUUGGGUUCCCAAAUACUCCGGCAUCUCUCCCAAGGACAAAUGCAAGCUCACCUGCAGAGCCAACGGGACAGGAUACUUCUACGUUCUCUCCCCAAAGGUGGUGGACGGGACGCCUUGUUCCCCUGACACCACAGCCGUGUGUGUUCAGGGAAAGUGUAUCAAGGCUGGCUGUGAUGGCAAGCUGGAGUCCAACAGGAAGUUUGACAAGUGCGGCGUGUGCGGCGGGGACAACCAGGGCUGCAAGAAGGUCUCAGGGAUGUUCACAAAGCCUGUUCAUGGCUACAACUUCGUGGUGACGCUGCCGGUUGGAGCCUCCAACGUCGAUGUGCGUCAGCGCGGCUACCGUGGAAUGGCGAGCGACGAAAACUACCUUGCCUUGAAGAACAGCCACGGGAAUUAUCUCCUGAAUGGGAACUAUGUGGUAUCGGCCAUGGAGCGGGACCUGCUGGUUCAGGGCAGCCUUCUCCGCUACAGCGGCACCUCCACAUCCGUGGAGAUGCUCCGGGCGGUGCGACCCCUGCAGGAGCCUCUGACUGUGGAGGUGCUCUCUGUUGGGAACAUGACGCCUCCAAGGAUUCGCUACUCCUACUACAUUUCCAAAGAGAGCAAGGUGGAGAAAACUCUCUGGAAGGAGGAGAAAAGCCACAACAGCGUCUUGGUUGACAGUAACAAAAUAGAGACUAAGAAGCAAAUAAUGGCCAGGAAGCCUGCCAGUCACUGGGUUAGCGGUAGCUGGGAUUCGUGCUCGGUGUCGUGUGGGAACGGUCUGCAGAGGAGACUGGUUCAGUGCAAGAGCGUGGAUGGACUCCCAGCAGGCAACUGUGACAGUGCUGAAAGACCUGCAGCUGUGAGAGUCUGCGGGGAUCCAUGCCCUGUGUGGGACGUGGGAUCCUGGUCUCACUGCUCCAAGUCCUGUGGGCGGGGCUUCAAACGGCGGCUGGUGCGCUGCAUGACUGACAACGGUCUCAAUCUUCCCAGGGAGCACUGCUCUGGGAAGAGGAAGCCUCAGGAACUGGACCUCUGCAGCCUGAUGUCAUGUUAGACCCAGGCAGGCGGGGCUCGUUUCACAAGAACCUCCUAAUUCAGGCAGCAGCAUCUCUGUUGUGUUGGAAAAUGUUUCUGAAGGGCUUUCCUGUACACUGAUGUCUACAGGGAUCUAGACUCAGACCUGAGAACACAUGGACCUACGUGAGACUUGAACUUUGUGACUUGUGGACAACGUUCCAUUAAUGACAUUCUGUUUACCUCUAGGACCAUCAGUGUCAGAUUUAAGUCUUUUAUUGUGUCCCUGGUGGUUAUUUGAAAGUACCAUUGUGGCCAAAUGUGACAGUAACUUGUUCUCUAACGGACAGACUUAUUUCUGUUUAAUUAAAGCUACUGCCCUGAA